AUGAUAACAAUUAUGCUCCACCAAAAAAGGCUCUUGCAACCGCCAACCGCUGCUAUACCUUCCAAUCUCAGUGCGCCAUUGACAGUCAGUUGGACGCCGGAAAAACAUGGUGACCAAUAUUACUUGUAUAGCCACUUCGCUGAGAUACAAGAUUUACAUGCCAACGAUACCAGGGAAUUUGACGUGUUAUGGAAUGGAGCUGUUACUGUUGAAGCUUUUGUUCCUUCAAAGUUACUGAUUGAUACUUUCAUGAAUAAGUCUCCAGAGACUUGCGAUGGAGGGAAAUGUAGCUACCAGCUAAUAAAAACCUCGAAAUCAACUCUUCCUCCUCUACUAAAUGCUCUUGAGAUCUACGCGGUUAUCCAAUUCGCACAAUCGGAAACAGAUGAAAACGAUGUGGUUGCUAUCAAAGAUAUCGAAACUGCCUAUGGAUUGAGUAGAAUCAAGUGGCAAGGAGAUCCUUGCGUCCCUCAAAUGUAUGCAUGGGACGGUUUGAAUUGUAGCUACACCGCUAUUUCUACACCUCCAAGAAUAACGUCCUUGUAA